AUGGGUAGUGAAAAUAAAUGUUCGGAAACUGGUGUAGAAACUAAGAAAGACGAAAGAACCUUUUAUUCUGAUUUUUGGGAUUUCGUAUCCACAAGCACUUCCCAAAUCACAGAUCUAUUUCAAUUUGGAGAGAAAGAUGAUAAUUACUCACUAACAGAAGACUAUGAAUCCUCAAAGAAGUUAUUCGACAAUUACGUCAAGAGGAUUAAGGAUAAUUUGAACCCAAACGUAACAGAUGACUCUGAAGAACCCUGCGAGCCUAAAUUAAACGGAAAUGACAAACCGCGGAGUGGAAAGUGCAUUGAAACUAAACUGUAUGACGUGCUAGAGGUUCAUCCAGGCGCAACAAAUUCACAAAUUAAAUCCAGUUAUCGUAAACUGGCACUAAAGUAUCACCCAGAUAAGAACACGAGCCCAGAUGCCAAGAAAAAAUUCCAAGAAAUAGGCGAGGCAUACCGUAUCCUAGCAGAUGAUGUAUUAAGGGAGAAAUAUGACAACACAGGCUCCAGCGAUAUGUUUGACAUGUCCGACUUGGAUAUUGAUUUAGACAUUCCGCUCUUUUUCAUCAUGCUAUUUGGCUGCGAUUUGAUUGACGAAUAUGUCGGCCCAAUGAAAUUUGAUCACAUCCUUAGGUACAGUAAGGUGGUUUCUAAGAUGCCAAGCAAACCCAAAAUUCCCGACAACACCUCAAUGUUUUCAAAUUUAUUUAACUACUCUGGUCAACUAAGUAAUAGUACCGCUUUGGCCGUCCAAUCUGAUGACAUUUCAAACUACGUGAACACCCUUCAAAAGUAUAGAGAAGCGAGACUUGCAACUCUUCUGAGGGAUAGGAUAAACGAGUGUAUAAAACUCGGUGAGAUCCCAGAAUCCCUUACCCAAUUCAUCGAGUCUGCCUGUAACGAGAUUUACGUGGACCUCAUAAUGACUUCAAUUGGCUGGGUUUACGAGAACUGUGCAGAAAGUUACAUGAACGAAGUUGACUCUUUCAUGGGACUGGGAGCAACUUACUCAAACCUCCAGUCCAUUGGUAGGAACCUGAACAACGGGUACAACAUGAUCAAGUCUGGGUUCACUAUUCUGAGCGUUAUCCACCAGAAUAGAAACCUCCUCCGUGGGAAUAUUGAAUCUGUGGAAGCGGGCUGUAACGAGUCUAGUGACAAGAAGAAGGUUCUCUUAGAGAGCUUUGAGGCUUGUUUGGACUGUUUCAUGUCCUAUUUAAUUUAUGAUAUCGAAAACACUGUGAAGGAGGCCUGCUUCAAGGUGUGCAAGGACCACGACGUGGACCAGAAGACAAGGAUCAAGCGUGCCUGCUUUAUGAGGACUCUCGGCAUUAAGAUUCAGGAGAUUGCCGAGUCGGUCAGGACCAAGAAGGGCACAUCUAAGGGCGACUUUAACAAGCUCAUCCAGGACACUUAUGUACGGAUGAAGGUUAAAUCCGAAAAGGAAAACUAA